UCAGAUUGAAUGCUUCAAUUGAUGCGUGUAGGUAUUUGUUAAGACAAGGACUCUCGUUUGGAGGUCAUGAUGAAUAGGUGGAUUCAGUUAACAAGGGAAACUUUUUGAAGCUUGUGAAAUAUACUGCAGAGCAAAAUGAGCUUGUAAGUAAAGUUGUGUUAGAGAAUGUCCCCAGAAACAACCAGAUGGUCUCCCAUAAAAUUCAGACAGAUAUAUUUCAUUGCUUUGCGGAAGAAGUUAUUGAAUCUAUAAUCAAAGAAGUUGGUCAUGAUGUAUUUUGUUUGUUGGUGGAUGAAUCCGCAGAUGUGUCUGAUAAAGAGCAAAUGGCAAUGUUUUUUCGCUUUGUUGAUACACAUGGGAUAGUUAAAGAAAGGUUUCUUGGUUUGGCUCAUGUGAAAGAAACAUCUUUUUUUAUCCCUGAAGAGUGCUGUUGAUUCUUUGUUUGUGAAACAUGGAUUGAGUAUGAAGAAGUUAAAAAGACAAAAUUACGAUGGAGCGAGUAAUAUGAAGAGAGAAUUCAAUGGGUUGAGAGCUCUAAUUCUUGGAGAAUGCAGUUCUGCAUAUUAUGUUUAUUGUUUUGCUCAUCAACUCCAGCUAGUUGUCGUUGCAGUUGCUCAGAAGCAUUUUGAAGUUGAAGAUUUCUUUGAUAAGAUUGAUGUCUUGUUAAAGGUGGUUGGUGAUUCUUGUAAGAGGAAAUAUAUGGUUCGAGAAGACCACCUGAACAAAGUUGAGGAAAAAACUAAGAAAGGGGAAAUCAAGACUGGAAAGGGACUAAACCAAGAGGUUUCGUUUCAAAGACCAGGUAAAACUCGUUGGGGUUCUCAUUAUACGACAUUUCUGCGGUUGGUUGAUUUGUUAGCUUCUAUUAUUAAAGUUCUUGAGUAUGUUAAAGUCGAUGGAAGUGAUGGUAUCAAAAGACGUCAAGUUAAUGGUCUUCUUAAGUACUUCCACACUUUUGAUUUUGUUUUUUACUUACAGUUGAUUUUGCUUCUUUUUGGGAUCACAAAUAGCUUGUCAACGGUUCUCCAAAGGAAAGAUCAGGACAUUUUGAAUGCUAUGUCACUUGUUAAAUCUACCAAGCAACAAUUAUACAAGAUCAGAGAUGAUGGAUGGGAAUCUCUGAUCAAUAAAAUUUCUUCCUUUUGUGAGAACUACAAGAUUGAGUUCCUUGUUAUGGAUGAUGAAUUUGAUUCAAGGAAUUCAAGAAAAAGAAGCAAUAUAACCAACUUGCAUCAUUACAAGGUGUAGUGUUUUUACACUAUAUUGGAAAUGCAGAUUAAAGAGUUUAAUGACUGUUUUGAUGAGGUAAACACAGAAUUACUUGGCUACAUUGCUUCCUUGAGCCCCACUAAUUUAUUUCAGGAGUUUGAUCAGUUAAAAGUUAUGAGAUUUUCUGAGUUUUAUCCUGAAGAUUUGGUCCUAUCGAGCAGAUUACUCUUGAGCACCAACUAGGUCUCUAUAUUGACAACAUUCGGGAAGAUGAAAGAUUUUCUAACUUGAAAGAUCUUGGAGAUCUUGCAUGCAUGAUGGUGAAGACAAAUAAACAUCUUUCACAUCCUCGGGUUUAUCGGCUUUUAAAGCUAGUUUUGACUUUACUUGUUGCCACUGCUACAGUUGAAAGAUGUUUUUCAGCGAUGAAGAUUGUGAAGACUAGCUUGCGGAACCGGAUAAGUGAUCAGUUUUUAAUGAUUGUGUUGUUUGCUUUGUUGAAAAAAAAUUGUUUGAAAAAGUAACAAAUGAAGUAGUAGUGAAAAGAUUCCAGAAUAUGGAGUUUCGUAGGAUAAAUUUGUAAGGUAAUUUUUAGUUAUGAAACUUUUUUUUAUCUAAAUGAGUUAGUUAUUAAAGUGCUCCCAAUUGAUAAUAGUUCUGGAUCCGUCAUUGACCACACCUCUAUUAUUAUACAUAGUUCAUGAAAAAGAAUAAAAAAUAACAUUACCAAAUAGUAGUUGUACCAUUUAUAUUGUCGCAGUUUAGUUCUGCAGGAUACGUGCAGUAACAUUAUCUCCUACACUUCGUAGUUUCGGGAAACUCUGCAUCAUAGCCCUAAGGUUUUGACAGCUAGGUUUAACAGGUGUAACAAUAAGACUGAAUUGGUUCUCUGAAAUGUUUUCUUCGCAUAGAUCCAAAGGAAGUGAAAUCACUUCACCUUCAAUACCCAAGUUAAUAUCUUGGAUUUGCUUCGAUAGUUUCUCAGCCAUCACUUUCUAUAUGUAAAAUCUUGGUAAAAAAAACUCUUUUUUUUUAAUUGACCACCAGUUUGGGGCGAGGUACAUUUAUUAGAGAAAUUUUCUAGAAGUUUAUUUUCACAAAAUAACACUCAAUGAGAAAAAUGACCAAAAUAAUUUUUAUUAAAAGGUAAAAAUAUAUUUAUGUCCUACGUUUAACUAAUCUAGACUUACGAUUUAAAGUUAAGGGAUGAUAUUUUGAGGAUAUGGUUUCAAAUUAAAAAAAAAUAAAAUAUAAAUAUUAAAAAUUUCAAAAUAAAAAGACUUUUUUAGGCAUUUUUCUCAUUGAGAGCUAUUUUUUGUGACGAAGACUUAAAAAUCUACUAGAGAGAAUUGCCCAAUUUAUUAUCCAAUUGUAGCAUUCUAUGCUUUAUACAUAUUUCAUGUUGUGAAUAGUUUUUGUGCCAUGGGGGUGAUUGGAAUGAGUUGUAGCUUUAUGUUUUUGGCUGUAGAAUUUAAGCUGUAGAUUUAUUUGAUGUAGAUUAUUUUCCUAUAGCUUUGUAAAGCACUAUCUUUUUGCUCUCGGAAUAAAGCUCUUUGCAGCCAUAUUUUAAUUUUGUAGAGAUUUUUUUGCUGUGAAAUUUUUAAGGAAAAGAAAACUAGAUUGGUUGACAUAUAAGGUUUUAGACUAAAUUUUGGCUGUCUAGAGCAUCUACAACCGCAACCAAUCACCCCCUUAUACAAUAGAACCUCUAUAAAUUAAUAAUGUUGGGAAUCUAAAAUUUUAUUAA